GAUUGUUGCCGAGGAUGCGUUGAGCUGUUGGAGAUAAACGCCGCUCACGCGACUCUUACCCACCUGGAGUUUCGCUGCCAUGGACUUAACCGAGGACGGUGCUGUGGAAAUUAUCCCGUGCUGACCCACUUCUCGCGUUUUUCUCUCGUUGUCCUCCGACGCCGUCUCUCAUUCCUGCCAGGUGAAUUAACCCAGAGAGACCAUGUCGGACAAAAUGUCCAGUUUCCUCCAUAUAGGGGACAUUUGUUCCCUGUAUGCAGAGGGCUCCACCAGUGGAUUUAUCAGCACUCUGGGGCUUGUGGAUGACCGCUGUGUCGUACAACCAGAUGCAGGAGACCUCGACAACCCACCCAGUAAAUUCAGAGACUGCCUUUUCAAGCUGUGUCCAAUGAACAGAUACUCGGCACAGAAACAGUUCUGGAAAGCGGCGAAGCCCGGCGGCAACAGCACAACGGACUCGGUCCUGCUCAAUAAGCUUCAUCACGCCGCAGACCUCGAGAAGAAGCAGAACGAGUCUGAAAACCGCAAGCUGCUGGGAACAGUCAUCCAGUAUGGAAAUGUGAUUCAGUUGCUGCAUCUGAAAAGCAAUAAAUACCUGACGGUGAACAAGCGGCUACCUGCACUUCUGGAGAAGAAUGCCAUGAGAGUGACUCUGGACUCGGCAGGGAACGAGGGAUCCUGGUUCUACAUCCAGCCGUUCUACAAGCUGAGAUCCAUGGGAGACAGUGUGGUGAUCGGAGACAAAGUCGUCCUCAACCCUGUGAAUGCAGGACAACCUCUCCAUGCAAGCAGCCACCAGCUAGUUGACAACCAGGGGUGUAACGAGGUUAAUUCUGUAAAUUGCAACACAAGCUGGAAAGUUGUUCUAUUCAUGAAAUGGAGUGACAACUUGGAAACUAUCCUCAAGGGGGGUGAUGUCGUGCGGUUAUUCCACGCAGAGCAGGAAAAGUUUCUAACUUGUGACGACCACAGGAAGAAGCACUACGUUUUUCUCCGAACCACCGGUCGACAGUCGGCGACUUCGGCCACCAGCAGCAAAGCACUGUGGGAAGUGGAGGUGGUGCACAAUGACCCGUGCAGAGGAGGCGCAGGCUACUGGAACAGUCUGUUCAGGUUUAAGCAUUUGGCCACCGGGUACUAUUUGGCUGCAGAGGUGGGUGAGGUGAAUCCAGACUUUGAGGAGGAGAGCGCCGAGCAGCGAUCUUCUGUGGUAGACUUUACACCCUUCAAUUUUCAGCUGGAUGCUGAUAACGAGGCUCUACGAGGCCGCCUCCGCGCUCCACAGGAGAAAAUCAUGCACACCCUGGUCCCUGUACCCAACGGCAGGGAGGUGCCCUCCAUCUUUGAGUUGGACCCCACCACCCUGAGAGGAGGGGAUUCAAUGGUUCCCAGGAAUUCCUACGUCAGGCUUCGACAUUUGCGCACCAGCACCUGGGUUCAUAGUACCAACCUCCCAAUUGACAAGGAGGAGGAGAAACCCGUCAUGCUGCGGAUUGGGACAUCGGCCGUGAAAGAAGACAAGGAAGCGUUCGCCAUAGUCCCAGUGCCACCAUUAGAAGUGCGAGAUUUAGACUUCGCCAAUGAUGCUAGUCAGGUGUUAGCUUCUAUAGCUGGCAAGCUGGAAAAAGGAACCAUUACGCAAAAUGAAAGGAGGUUUGUGACAAAGCUGCUAGAAGAUUUGGUUUUCUUUGUGGUGGACAUCCCCAACAGUGGGCAGGACGUGCUGGAGAUCAUGGUCAAUAAACCCAAUAGGGAGAGACAAAAACUGAUGAGAGAGCAGAACAUCCUUAAACAGAUUUUUAAGCUUCUCCAAGCUCCUUUCACAGACAGCGGGGAUGGUCCCAUGCUGCGACUGGAGGAGCUGGGAGAUCAGCGCCACGCUCCGUUCAGGCACAUUUGCCGGCUCUGUUACAGAGUUCUCCGCCAUUCCCAACAGGAUUACAGGAAAAACCAAGAAUAUAUAGCCAAACAGUUCCGCUUCAUGCAGAAGCAGAUUGGCUACGACGUUCUGGCAGAAGACACCAUAACAGCUCUGCUCCAUAACAACCGGAAACUGCUGGAAAAACACAUCACCGGUGCUGAGAUCGACACCUUUGUCACUCUAGUGAGGAAAAAUCGGGAACCGAGAUUUCUGGACUACCUGUCAGAUCUCUGUGUAUCCAUGCACAAAUCCAUCCCAGUUACUCAGGAGCUCAUCUGCAACGCUGUGCUGGACAGCAGCAACGCUGACAUCCUCAUUGAGACCAAAUUAGUGCUGUCCAGGUUUGAGAUUGAGUUGACGACAAAUGGGGAGGAUCCUGUUGAGGCAGAAGAGGUGGAGGAGGUCUGGUUGUACUGGAAAGACAACUGCAAGGAGGUUCGUAGUAAGAGCGUUCGGGAGUUGGCCCAGGAUGCAAAGGAGGGUCAGAAAGAGGACCAGGAAGUGGUCAGCUACUACAGGUGCCAACUGAACCUCUUUGCUCGGAUGUGUUUGGACCGCCAGUAUUUGGCCAUCAACAAGAUUGCUGGUCAGCUUGACGUCGAUUUGAUCCUGCGCUGCAUGUCCGAUGAAGACCUGCCCUUUGACCUGCGGGCCUCUUUCUGCCGCCUGAUGUUGCACAUGCACGUGGACCGGGACCCUCAGGAGCAGGUCACGCCGGUCAAAUUUGCUCGUCUGUGGUCCGAGAUUCCACCUAAAAUUGCCAUUGACGACUACGAUAACGACGGGACCACUAGAGAUGAGAUCAAAGAGCGUUUCAGCCUCACCAUGGAUUUUGUUGAGACCUACCUGCGAGAGGUGGUGUCGCAAAACAUUCCCUUCUCUGACAAGGAGAAAAACAAGCUCACCUUUGAGGUAGUAAACCUGGCCCGAAACCUCAUAUACUUUGGCUUCUACAACUUCAGCGACUUACUACGCUUGACAAAGAUCUUACUCAACAUUUUAGACUGUGUACACGUCAGCACUGUUUUCCCCAUCAACAAGAUUGAGAAAGGGGAUGAAAGCAAAGGUGGCAGUAACGUAAUGAAGUCUAUUCAUGGAGUGGGGGAGUUGAUGACGCAGGUAGUGCUGCGAGGAGGGGGCUUACUGCCCACCACACCAACCCAUCAGCCUGAAGGAGACGUGGUGAAAACGCAGACCGAACCUGAGAGAGAAGACAUCAUGGUCAUGGACACAAAGCUCAAGAUCAUCGAGAUCCUAAGGUUUAUUCUAGACGUGAGGCUAGACUACAGGAUUUCAUGCCUGCUCUGCAUUUUCAAAUGUGAGUUUGACGAGAGCAAUCCUCAAGGAGACAACGCUGUCGGUGCAAACGGAGGCAACAACAUUACAACUCAGACGCCUGGAAAUCUUGACUUUGAGAACAUCGAGGAACAAGCAGAAGGGAUCUUUGGUGGAAGCGAGGAAAACACUCCUUUAGAUCUGGACGAUCACGGUGGUCGGACAUUUCUGAGGGUCCUGUUGCAUUUGACGAUGCACGACUACCCGCCGCUUGUGUCUGGAGCGCUUCAGCUGCUCUUCAGACACUUCAGCCAGAGGCAGGAGGUCCUCCAAGCCUUCAAACAAGUUCAGCUGCUUGUUACCAGUCAGGAUGUCGAGAACUACAAGCAGAUUAAGUCCGAUCUGGACCAGCUGCGGUCUAUUGUGGAGAAAUCUGAACUGUGGGUUUACAAGAGGCAAGGAGAGGACGGGAUGGACGGAGACGGCCCAUCAGAGUCUGACAACAAAAAGAAGGGAGAUUCCCCUGGUUCAGACAAGAAGAAGUCAGAAAGCACCAGCAACUACAACUACAGAGUUGUGAAGGAGAUCCUUGUACGCCUCAGUAAACUGUGUGUCCAGGAGGGCAUCUCAGGAAAGAAGAGCAAGAAAGAGCAGCAGAGGCUGCUGAGGAACAUGGGAGCUCACAGCGUGGUGCUGGAGCUGCUACAAAUCCCCUACGAGAAGGGUGAAGAUGUCCGAAUGCAGGACAUCAUGAAAUUGGCUCAUGAAUUUCUGCAGAAUUUCUGCGCUGGGAACCAGCAAAACCAGAUUCUUCUCCAUAAGCACAUCAACUUAUUCCUCAACCCAGGAAUCCUUGAGGCUGUCACCAUGCAGCACAUCUUCAUGAACAAUUCGCAGCUGUGCAAUGAAAUCAACGAGCGCGUCGUUCAGCACUUUGUCCACUGCACCGAGACACAUGGGCGACAUGUCCAGUACCUUAAAUUUCUUCAGACGAUUGUUAAAGCUGACAACAAGUUCAUAAAGAAGUGCCAGGACAUUGUCAUGGCAGAGCUGGUGAACUCUGGUGAAGACGUCCUGGUCUUCUACAACGACCGCGCGUCCUUUCAGACCCUCGUCCAGAUGAUGCGGUCGGAGCGGGACCGGUUGGACGAGAACAGCGCUCUGAUGUAUCACAUCCACCUGGUGGAGCUGCUGGCCGUCUGCACCGAGGGAAAGAACGUCUACACCGAGAUAAAGUGCAACUCCUUGUUGCCCUUGGACGACAUAGUGCGGGUCGUCACCCACGAAGACUGCAUCCCAGAGGUGAAGAUUGCCUAUAUCAACUUCUUAAACCACUGCUAUGUGGACACCGAGGUGGAGAUGAAAGAGAUUUACACGUCCAACCACAUGUGGAAGCUGUUUGAGAACUUCUUGGUGGACAUUUGCAGGGUGUGCAACAACACCAGCGACAGGAAGCAUGCGGAUACGGUCCUGGAGCGUUACGUAACCGAGACCAUCAUGAGCAUAGUCACGUGUUUCUUCAGCUCUCCUUUCUCUGACCAGAGCACCAGCCUGCAGACUCGUCAGCCAGUGUUUGUACAACUGCUGCAGGGAGUGUUCAGGGUCUACCACUGCAACUGGCUGAACCCUGCCCAGAAGCACUCGGUGGAAGGGUGCAUCAAGGUGCUUUCGGACGUGGCCAAGAGCAGAGCGAUCGCCAUCCCGGUGGACCUCGACAGUCAAGUGAACAACUUGUUCGUCAAGCCCAAUAACGUCGUACAGAAGACGCUCCUCAACUGGAAGCAGUCGGCGAAGAACACGUCUAGGCGAGAGUCCAGCCUGUGCGCCUCUAAAGACUACAGAAACAUCAUUGAAAAGCUGCAGGACAUCGUUUCCGCUCUUGAGGAUCGCCUGAGGCCGCUGGUCCAAGCCGAGCUCUCCGUCCUGGUGGACGUCCUCCAUCGCCCCGAGCUGCUCUUCCCCGAGAACACGGACGCUCGCAAGAAAUGCGAAAGCGGAGGAUUCAUAUCAAAGCUGAUCAAACACACCAAGCAGCUCCUGGAAGAGAACGACGAGCAUCUGUGCAUCAAAGUGCUGAAGACGCUCAGGGAAAUGAUGACCAAAGAUCGGGGCUACGGAGUGAAGCUGAUUGCCUUUGAUGAUGAAAUGGAUGUGGCUGAGCUGGCACCUCUGCCUGAACCCGAAGUCCCUGCAGAGGAGCUUGAUCCCAACCAGCCACUGAAGCAAGUGGAGGACCAGAGGAGGGGUGAGGCUUUGCGUCUAAUUUUGGUCAACCGGUACUAUGGCAACGUCAAACCUGGUCAGAGGAGAGAGAGCCUCACAUCCUACAGCAACGGCCCAGUCACGCCCGGAGCUCAAGGAAAAUCACCCGCACUGGUGAGCUCCGGCAUCGGAGGACGGGGGGAGCUGAGUCUGGCCGAGGUCCAGUGCCACCUCGACAAAGAGGGAGCCUCCGACCUGGUGAUCGACCUCAUCAUGAACGCCACCAGCGACCGCAUCUUCCAGGAGAGCAUCCGACUGGCCAUCGCGCUGCUGGAGGGCGGAAACACAGUAAUCCAGAGGUCCUUUUAUAAUCGUUUAACUGGAGACAACAAGUCAGAAAAAUUCUUCAAGGUGUUUUAUGAGCGCAUGAAGCUGGCCCAGCAGGAGAUCAAAGCCACUGUGACAGUCAACACCAGCGACCUGGGGAGCAAGAAGAAGGACGAGGAACCACCGGACAAAGACAUGCCAACACGGAAAAAAGUGAAAGACGUGCCGGUGGUUGCAAUGGUGACCGAGGAGGUGAAGGAGCAGCUGGUGGAGGCCUCCGCCAUCACCAAGAAGGCCUACACCACCUACCGUCGCGAGGCGGAGGCCGAGGAGCACCAGGCGGCCGCCGCCGAUGGCGCCCCCGGUCCGACCGCCGACAAGAGCCAAGAGGAAGGCGAGAUGAGUGUCAUCAUCACCAUUAUGCAGCCCAUCCUACGCCUCAUGCAGCUGCUCUGCGAGAACCACAACAGAGACCUGCAGAACUUCUUGCGCAAUCAGAACAACAAAAACAACUAUAAUCUGGUAUGCGAGACUCUUCAGUUCCUGGACUGCAUCUGUGGCAGCACCACCGGGGGACUGGGGCUGUUGGGACUCUACAUCAACGAGAAGAACGUCGGGCUGAUCAACCAGACUGUGGAGAGCCUGACUGAGUACUGCCAGGGCCCGUGUCACGAGAACCAGAACUGCAUAGCCACUCAUGAGUGCAAUGGCAUUGAUAUCAUCAUUGCUCUCAUUCUCAACGACAUCAACCCGCUGGGUAAGAAGAGGAUGGACCUUGUUCUGGAGCUCAAAAACAAUGCCUCUAAGCUGCUUCUCGCAAUUAUGGAGAGUCGCCAUGACAGUGAGAACGCUGAGAGGAUUCUAUACAACAUGAGGCCCAAAGAGCUGGUGGAAGUUAUCAAAAAAGCCUACAUGCAGGGUGAGAUAGAGGUGGAGGAGCCCGAGGAGGGCGAGGAUGGAGAGGAGGAACAUUCUGCGUCUCCGCGGAACGUGGGACACAAUAUCUACAUUCUGGCACAUCAAUUGGCGCGUCACAACAAGGAACUGCAGGCAAUGCUGAAGCCUGGGGGGACGUACGGAGAGGGAGACGAGGCUCUGGAGUUCUACGCCAAACACACGGCUCAGAUCGAGAUCGUACGUCUGGAUCGCACCAUGGAGCAGAUUGUGUUUCCAGUCCCCAACAUCUGCGAGUUCCUCACACAAGAGUCCAAACUGCGAGUGUACUACACCACAGAGCGGGACGAGCAGGGCAGUAAGAUAAAUGACUUUUUCCUGCGCGCUGAGGAUCUUUUCAACGAGAUGAACUGGCAGAAGAAGCUGCGAGGUACUCAAGAGGCCACUGGUAACCCAAACACCGUACCCUCUCAGCCCAUCCUUUACUGGUGCUCCAGGAACAUGUCCUUCUGGAGCAGCAUCUCCUUCAACCUGGCCGUACUCAUGAACCUCCUUGUGGCCUUCUUCUACCCUCUGGAAGGUGUCCGUGGAGGGACCCUGGAGCCCCACCUGUCUGCUCUGUUAUGGUUGGCCAUGCUUGUGUCGCUGGCCAUUGUCAUCGUGUUGCCUCAGCCUCAUGGAAUCAGGGCGCUGAUUGCGUCCACCAUCCUGCGCCUGAUUUUCUCUGUGGGCCUGGAGCCCACGCUGCUCCUGCUGGGCGGGUUUAAUCUGUGUAACAAGGUGAUCUUCCUAAUGAGCUUCGUUGGGAACCGAGGAACCUUCACGCGCGGAUACAAGGCCAUGAUCAUGGACGUGGAGUUCCUGUACCACCUGCUCUACCUGAUCAUUUGCUCGCUGGGGGUCUUCGUCCACGUCUUCUUCUACAGCUUGCUGCUCUUCGAUCUUGUUUACCGAGAAGAAACCUUACUGAACGUGAUAAAGAGUGUCACCCGGAACGGACGCUCCAUAGUUCUGACGGCCGUGUUGGCCCUCAUCCUCGUCUACCUCUUCUCGAUUGUGGGAUAUAUCUUCUUCAAGGACGACUUCAUUUUGGCCGUCGACAGGAUACCCAACAAAACUCUCGAACAUGGAGCCAGCAUGAUUGGAGAGUUCUUCUCGGGCGGAGCGUGCCAGAAGGAAAAUGGAGAAAACUGCUCGACAGAAGCCGUCAUGGAUGCUGCUGUUGCUGUCCAGCCGUCAGUGGUGAUUGAGGACAAGGAGCGAACAUGUGACUCCUUACUCAUGUGCAUUGUCACAGUACUGAGUCACGGCCUGAGGAGCGGAGGAGGUGUUGGGGACGUCCUGCGCAAGCCGUCUAAAGAGGAACCCUUGUUUGCAGCCAGAGUCAUCUACGACCUGCUUUUCUUCUUCAUGGUCAUCAUCAUUGUCCUCAACCUUAUCUUUGGUGUCAUCAUUGAUACUUUUGCUGACUUGAGGAGCGAAAAGCAGAAGAAAGAGGAAAUCUUGAAGACGACAUGUUUCAUUUGUGGUCUGGAGAGAGAUAAGUUUGACAACAAGACGGUUACUUUUGAAGAACACAUCAAGGUGGAGCACAACAUGUGGCACUACUUGUUCUUCAUUGUCCUGGUAAAGGUGAAGGACUCCACAGAGUUCACGGGGCCCGAAAGCUACGUGGCUGAAAUGAUCCGGGAGCACAACUUGGACUGGUUUCCUCGGAUGCGGGCCAUGUCUCUGGUGAGCAGCGAUGCCGACGGGGAGCAGAACGAGAUCCGAAGCCUGCAGGAGAAACUGGAGUCCACCAUGAAGCUGGUGACCAACCUGUCGGGCCAGCUCACCGAGCUCAAAGAGCAGAUGACAGAGCAGAGGAAGCAGAAGCAGCGGAUUGGCCUGCUGGGACACCCUCAGCACCUGAACGUCAACCCCCAGCAACCUGCGUAGGGUCCGACUGCCGACGGAGUCCGAGGAGCCGCUCGGCGCCUGGAAAGGAACCCGUCGGGUCCUGGGACCAAGGCUUCACGAUAAUGUAUGCAGCACUGAGUGUGAAAGUACCUUACGAACGGUAGGGAAACGCUGUAACAUAGAUAGCUAUAAGGCGAUGUGUAGCUCUACCCCACCCAAAGUGUUACUCCAGACAGUAACACACACCCACCUCAUUCUGUUCUGUUCAAUCUGUGCCAAAUGUUUUUUUGGGGGUUUUUUUCUUUCUGAAGAAACAACUUGGAUUUCUUAACAAACAGCCUUUAAGGGUUCAAUUGAAAACAUAAUAGAAUUGUUAUUGUUGUUUUUUUUUAUUUACUUACUUAAAAGUUUUCUAUUUAUAUUCCUGACACUGAGCAGUAUUUAUUGUCUUAUUCUUUUUAAUGUUGUGCAAUAUAUGAACUUAAAUAUGCAACCAAAUGGUGUGUAGAUUUAAGUUUUAAAACUUCAUUUAAAUCCACUGGGGAGUGGUUUCGCCUGUUCUUUCUCUCUAGACAAUUAAGCUGUCAUCUGUAUUUACACAUAAACUCAGAUAAAAUGACAAUAAUAAUGAUAAGUUGGGCUUCAUAAUGUUACUUCUUUUUUAGUUUGUCAAAAUAUGCAUACUGUUUUGAGAGGCUUCUACACUCGGUAUUUAGGACAUUGUGUGAGAGCAAUAUAAACAAAUAGAUGGCUUCCAUUAUAUGGUGAAAUAUUUGUGUUAUUUUAUGGGGCAGUAGCUUUAUGAUUUAACAGGGUUACAAACAGCCGUCUGAAACAUGUCUGCUGUUAGAGGGGUUGCUCAGGAGUCAUGUAGAUUCUACAGUAAUAAUUACCACUGGUGUAUUCUGACAUGCGGCCGCUGCUUCUGCGGGAACUCUGUUCUUUUAGUUUGACGUUUUAGUUCUUUCCAUGGUAGGAAUGUACCUUUUGUUUCCGACAAGGGACGACUUUGUGUACAUAAAGUUUGUUGCUUUACCUUUGCUUUUGUAUAGAAAAUUAAGAUGGACACAAAAAAAAUAUUACUGUUACAAAAUGUUAAGGGUAAGCAAAGCAAAGCAUUGUCAAUUUGUACACAGAGGUAGAAUUAUUUAUUAAAAUUGUAAUUAUCCUUUAA